AUGGCGACCACAGCCACAAAGGCAGAGGUGCCUACCUUUUCUUAUGCACAGGCUGCCAAAGGGCUGGCUGCACCAGCUACUUCACAACCAAUCACCAAGCCUACAGAACAGUCUGGACAGACUGGUCAGGAUAAUGAGGCGAUCAAGGGUUUGGCUGCGGAACAGAUCUCGACUUCUGUAUCUGCAGAAUCUGAAAAAGCGGAAUCUAUUGCGGAUCACGAGUCCAAGUCUGCUACUACUGGCUCAACCAAGAAUGCAGUCUCCGGUGCAUCAUCUCCCUCUUUCGGAACCUCUUCGACGUCGACGUUAGCGAAAGAAGACGAAAUCCCUCCCAUCACAAAUGGGGACUCUCAUUGGGACAACAAGUCACAGACAUCAGCCCCUGCUGAAAAGUCGAAUAAGAAAAAGGAAAAAGAAGGAAAGAAGGAUGAGUCCGGCAAAUCAUCAGACAAGACUCCUCCUGUCAAGGAGCUCAAGGCAGCCCCUCCUCCAGCCGUCAACAUAUGGCAACAAAGGAAGGAAGCGCAAGAGGCCAAGGCCAAGGCCAGUGCUGCAGUUCUGAAAUCAGUGAAUGGCGCAACUAAGCCCACUGCUUCCAAGUCCGCAUCGCUAGCUACAGCAAAUGCUCCAGACUCGGCCAAMCCCGCCAACAAGAAGAAGGCGGCUAACGAUMCCCAAGCCGAUGCAUCAGGAUCAAUUAACAAAGAUCGAAAGCGAGUCGAGAAUGGCAAGCCUCGUGAUGAAGGACCCAAGAAGUCUACAAACCGCAUACCUCGCGAAGAGUCAACAGACAUCGCACCCCCACCAGUCGCAGAUGCAACUGCAUGGCCCACCCCGCAGAUCGCACUCGGUGAAGAAAAGCGCAAAGCACAAGAGAAGAGCGACAAGUCCGAUAAGGUCGAGAAAAGCCCCUCAACGCGUGGCAAGGAGAAAUGGACUCCAGUGCAUUAUGUUCCCACUGCUGUUUUCAACACUCCACUUCCAACAGGUGCUCGUCGCGGGGGCCGACCAGCCCGUGGUGGCCGCGAGGGAGGACGUGGCGCUCACAGCUCCAAUAGCACUACGAACAGUACGGCAACUCCGGUUGACGCCAGACCAGCCCCUGCUGCCCAGCCCAAUCAGGCACAGCCCAAACAAAAUGCAAACUUGCCAGAGCGAGGACGCAACGACGGUGGUCUUGCUCGCGCGAACUCCCUGCCUGCUCAGGCCCGAAAGCCUGUCGCUGCCGAUGGUAACACACAGCAACAGGAACAGCGACGCUUUCAGGCAAACUCUGAACGCCCACGUGUCGACACUCGUUCAAAGGCCACAGAGGAAAACAAUGCCGCCAUAAAUGGUACAUCUUAUCCUUCUGCGGACACUGCUACGAAGACUUUCCGUGAGCCGCGCUCCGCAAAAGCUCCAGAAUUUGUUCCCGCCCACAAGGCAUCUGAGCGCAGCCCACGUUCAGGAACAUCUCCUGCAGAUGCCCAAGCCAACGGACGCUUUGUUCCCAACCAUGAGCGACGAUUCGAUAAUGGAACAAAGUCUGAGACUCCUCGUGAGAUGAAUGGCUUCGUUCCUCGGGAGCGUGAAUUCAAAGAUUACAACCGCGAGAAGGGCGAGUUCCAGCGUGAUCGCGAGCACCAAAAGGAGCGUGGUGAAUCACGACCCGAGCGAGGUCGCGGUGGAUACCGUGGACGAGGCGGUCAUUCAUACAACAGCCCUCAUAACCAGCAUUUCCAGAACUCACAAGUGUCUCAACAUCAGUUCGUGCCAAAGCAGUUCAAUGCCGGUGAUCGCCAGCGCUCGCAGCAGCAGAACUUCCAGAACGGGACACAACCCCAGCAUGUCAACCACCGACUAUCAUUGCGUUCGCCCUCAAUGCCAAAUUCUGCUGGUUUGUAUUCUACUUACCCUGUACCGGAGAUCAACACCGUGUAUCAGGGCUAUCAAACUAUUGCGCCGGGCCCAAUGAGCGCAGUCCCAUACCAGCCUUAUAUGGAGCAAUACACCGUCUUCACUCUGAUUCAAAUGCAGCUUGAAUAUUACUUCUCCGUUGACAACCUCUGCAAGGACUUGUAUCUUCGCAAGCAUAUGGAUUCGCAGGGUUUCGUUCGCUUGGCAUUCAUAGCUGGCUUCAAAAGGAUCAGACAUCUCACUGAAGAAUACGAGAUGCUUCGCCACUGCGGUCGUCAGUUGCGCAACGCCGAGUACAUCAUUGGCGAAGAUGGACAAGAUCGCCUGCGCCCACGCGACAAGUGGGAGCAAUGGGUGCUUCCCGUUGACCAGCGUGAUGCUUCUGCUCAAAAUGACGGCCACCACGCCGCAGCAGCUGUUCAGCAUUUUAGCGAGCAAAAUAAUUUCGCUGUUCCCAUGACCAACGGCGUUGAUAACAAUGGCUACCAGGCUACUCCAAAUGGGUUGCCAAAUGGCGGACAACAUGAACAAACCGCGCUAUCUUCAGCCGCCCCCGAAUUUACACCGUAUGUGGCGGUUGGUGAUCACAAUGAGGUUCCUAAUGUAGGUUAA